UUAAUUCAAAACACUUGAGAAUUAAAAAACAUUUUAAAUUUAAAUGGCUGGAAUAUUCCGAAUAUUCUUGGAACAUUCAAAGGAAUAGGUAUUCUUUAAUUAUCUGACGAAUUCCCAUUGGACUUUUCUAAGAAUAUUCCAGUAUAUAUUCUGAGAAUCUUUAAAGCAUAGGUAUUCCAAUGUUCAAAAAAGUUUAUGCGGGGAAUAUUCUAGGAGAAUCUAAUGAUUUUAGUAAACUGGGGGAUUUUUCAAAUCUCUGGGGGAAUUCGUAAACCAUCUGGCAACCUUGCUAGCAAAUCCGAUCUUAUUUAAAAAAUAAAAAGAUUUGAUAAGCAAUUGGUGUAUUCAUAUUUUUAUAUGUAUUGUCUAAAAUUGCUUAAAUUAGCCUAGGUAAUCAUGAUUUACUUAUGGAAAAUAAUGUUUUAUCUUUGUCUAGCCUUUUCAAGCUAUUAAUAGAAUAUUAUGACAUAACAGUUUAAAAACUAUAAUUAUAAUUAACGAUUUAAUAAUCUUAGGCUAGGCCUACCAAGAAAAAGGUAACAUAAUAUAAAAAUCAAUUUAUCAGUAUAUAAACACAUGGGUAUCACUAAAUCAAUAGAUUUUGGAAUUAAAAAUAAAACACUUCAGAUAUGAAAUUAAAUAGUUUAUCUUGACUGGCUUUAUUGCUGGCCGCGUCAAAGUUUUAGUGAAUAUAUUUUUAUUAAUAAGUUAAAAAUGCGCGAAUGCAUCUCCAUCCACAUCGGCCAAGCCGGCUGCCAGAUCGGCAACUCGUGCUGGGAGCUCUACUGUCUCGAGCACGGAAUCCGACCGGACGGAAGAAUACCGGACGACAAAUACGACGCGGCCGACCAGAGCUUCAGCACCUUCUUCACCGAGACCGGAAGCGGAAAGCACGUACCUCGCGCGCUGUUUAUCGACCUCGAACCGACCGUUAUAGACGAAGUACGUACCGGAACCUACAGACAAUUGUUCCAUCCCGAACAGUUAAUCACCGGGAAGGAGGACGCCGCUAAUAACUACGCGCGCGGUCAUUACACUCUGGGCAACGAGAAGUUGGAUAUUAUUUUGGAGCGUGUGAGGAUUCUGGCGGAUCAAUGCAGUGGGCUACAGGGUUUCCUAAUCUUCCAUUCGUUUGGUGGAGGCACCGGGUCUGGAUUAACCUCUCUAUUGAUGGAGUUUUUGGCGCGCGACUACGGGAAAAAAUCGAAGCUCGAGUUCGCUGUUUACCCAGCCCCUCAGGUGUCAAAUGCUAUCGUGGAGCCUUACAAUGCCGUUUUAAACACCCAUGCAACUUUAGAGUUUUCAGAUUGCGCUUUUAUGGUGGACAACGAAGCCAUAUACGACAUAUGCAAGACGAAUUUGAACGUAACCAGACCGUCAUUCACCAACCUAAACCGCGUCAUAAGUCAAAUUGUUUCCUCUAUAACCGCAUCUCUAAGAUUUGAUGGUGCCUUGAAUGUGGAUUUAACCGAAUUCCAAACAAAUCUAGUCCCCUACCCACGAAUACACUUCCCUUUGGCGACAUACGCCCCCAUAAUAUGCGAGGCAAAAACACACCACGAACAACACUCGGUAGCGGAUAUAACCAACGCCUGCUUUGACCCGGCCAAUCAGCUCGUGAAGUGCGACCCGCGCAACGGCAAGUACAUGGCCUGCUGCAUGUUAUACCGCGGCGACGUGGUGCCGAAAGACAUAAACUCCGCCAUAUCCGCCAUAAAAAACAAACGCGACAUCCGCUUUGUGGAUUGGUGUCCCACAGGGUUUAAAGUCGGUAUCAACUACCAACCUCUCACCGUGGUGCCUGGAGGCGAUAUGGCGAGGGUGCCUAGAUCGGUUUGCAUGCUUUCCAACACCACGGCCAUCGUUGAUGCCUGGAGGAAUCUGAACUACAAGUACGACUUGAUGUUCGCCAAAAGGGCUUUUGUUCAUUGGUUUGUCGGUGAGGGUAUGGAAGAGGGGGAGUUCAUGGAAGCAAGAGACGAUUUGGCAGCACUGGAACAGGAUUAUAUCGAGGUUUCGGAGGAUUACAACGAUGAAGAAGGAGAAAAUGAAUAUUGAAUGUUUUGUUUGGUUCUAGAAAAUAAAGUUGUUUGUAUUUAAAAUAUAUUUUAUUAUUAAUGUAAAUCGUUUUAAUAAAUAUAUAAAAAAUGUAGUAGGCUAUUUUUAUUAAUGCUUAAACCACUAUGAGGCGCCGUUUUAUUUUUUAUUCAGAAAUGAAUACACUCACAGGCAAAAUAAUCGAUCCACACAAAUUUUCGAUGAAUUUCAAUCGCAAAUAACUUGUUUAUUUGAUGUCGGAUUUAAACGAAUAUUAA